CAACCUACUGUAUGAAGGUGUCCAUGUCUCUCCACGUGGCUGAGAACGACACAGACCUCUGCUACAACUCUGACAUGAGACAUAUGGAGAAGGCCGAACUCAGCAAGAGCAAAGACAUCACCUGUCCAGACAUAGAGGACUACAUAGAACCUGGGAAAGACCCUCAUAUCAUCUGGUUUAAGGAGUGUCGUCCUAAGCAGUGGCGGGCCUCCAUCCUCCAGAGAAGAGACUCUCUGUCCAUCAGAGAGGUCAAAGAGGACGACAUCGGCAACUACACCUGUGAGGUCACCUUCGGGGCCUUCGUGGUACACAGGACCACUGAGCUCACCGUCACAGCUCCUCUGACUGACAAGCCACCAAAGAUCCUUUAUCCUUCUGAGAACAAGAUCAGCAACAUGGAGCUGCAGCUAGGAAGUGCCCUGAACCUGACGUGCAGAGCUUUCUUCGGCUACGCAGGGGACGCCAGUCCGCUAAUCUAUUGGAUGAAGGGAGAGAAGUUCAUUGAGGACCUGGAUGAGGAGAGAAUCGAAGAGAGCGAAAUCAAGGUGGUCCGGGAGCACCUGGGGGAACAGGAAGUGGCCAUCUCCUUAACGAUCCCCUUGGUGGAGGAGGGGGACCUGGGAAACUACUCCUGCUACGUAGAGAACGGCAACGGGAGACGGCAGGCCAGCAUCCAACUCUCCAAAAGAGAGCUGAUGUACACGGUAGAGUUGGCUGGUGGUUUGGGAGCCAUCCUGCUGCUGCUGCUCUUCCUCAUCUCUCUGUAUAAGUGUUAUAAGAUUGAGCUCAUGCUCUUCUACAGGAGACACUUUGGCAGUGACGACCUGGAUGGAGAUAAUAAGGACUAUGAUGCGUACCUGUCCUACACUAAAGUAGACCCUGACCAGUGGAGUCAGGAGACCAAGGAGGAGGAGCGCUUUGCCCUGGAGAUCCUCCCUGACGUCCUGGAGAAACACUACGGAUACAAACUCUUCAUCCCAGACAGAGACCUCAUUCCCACGGGAAGUCUGGCCAAUGAGCUUUACCAAGAUGACACAAGACUUCUUAGAGCCUACAUCGAAGACGUGGCGCGCUGUGUGGACCAAUCCAAGCGCCUCAUCAUCGUCAUGACGCCCAACUACGUGGUGCGGCGGGGGUGGAGCAUCUUCGAGCUGGAGACACGCCUCCGCAACAUGCUGGUCACCGGGGAGAUCAAGGUGAUUCUGAUCGAGUGUGCCGAGCUGCGUGGCAUCAUGAACUACCAAGAGGUGGAGGCCCUCAAACACACCAUCAAGACCCUCACCGUCAUCAAGUGGCAUGGCCCCAAGAGCAACAAGCUCAGCUCCAAGUUCUGGAAGCAGCUGCAGUAUGAGAUGCCCUUCCGCCGCACCGAGCCAAUGCUGAGCCACGAGCCAGCGCUGGAUGUCAGCGAGCAGGGCCCCUUCGGCGAGCUCCAGACCGUCUCCGCCAUCUCCAUGGCAGCCGCCACCUCCACCGCCAUGGCCACGGCGCACCCGGAGCUCCGCUCGUCCUUCCACAACUCGUACCACACCACCAUGCGGCAGAAACACUACUACCGCAGCUACGAGUACGACCUGCCGCAGGGGGGCACGCUGCCGCCGCUGUCAUCACUAGGCAACCAGCACACCUACUGCAACAUCCCGCUGACGCUGCUGAACGGACAGAGGCCACCGGCGGGGAAGAGCCGCGAGCACAGUCUGGAGGAGGAGCACACUAACCACGCCAUGCUGCCGUUGUUGCCCAGGGAGACCAGCAUCUCCAGCGUCAUCUGGUGACCGGGACAGGAUAGAACCAUGCGACACUAGUGGUUUGGUCUGGCCUGGUUUGGGUUGGAUCCCUUUGGAUUGGUUUGGUGGCAUAGUCACGCUUCUAUGAGCCAGUUCUGAUUGGCUACUGUAGCUAUAGCUGAGAGAUUGUGACGAGUUUGGGUUGGAAUGGACCCCUGUCAACAGGCAAGACAGGGUCAAGGCAAGUUUGGAUUUAACGUGGCCCUCAAGUACACAGAGGACAAGUUUUUCACCCGAGGAUUAAAGAUUCAGACUGACAACAACAAACUGUUUGAUCAAGAGACAACAGAGUUUGAUCAAAAUGAACUCGUGAAUACAAAAUAAAAGAACCCACACACUUUGGCACUUGUGCACUUGCACACACACUUGCACACACACAUACACUCACACACACUAAAGGAAAACAGGGUCUUGUACAUAUAUUUCCAAUGUAUUUGUAGCAUCAGUGUCUUCCUGUUUUUUGUUCAUAUGUUGUUUUUUAUUCAAUCGUGUGUGUUGCCUUCUCUACUUUAAGACUUUGCUUUAACUUGUCACACAGAUUUAUAUAUUUCUAUUUUUUCUGUUUUUUCUUUGUUAAAAAUGUUUUUUUUUGUGUUUUUUUUAUAUGCUUAUGAAGAAAGCCAGUAUGUCAUGUAUCUGCGCUGUUGUGUUUUUUUUAUCUUGACUUUGUGUAGUUUAAGAUAUAUAUUGUUUUCUUUUACACUUUUGGGGAAUUGCUUGGACAUUGCAACAUUUUACUUCAAGGAGCAACAUCUUAUUUUUGUUGACCUGUAUAAGGUGUAUAUCUAGUUUUAAAAACACUUUAAAAAAUCAUAGAAUAUGCAAAAAUAAGGAGGAGCUACCGGUGAUGUUGAUAUAACUUCCUGUGGGCCAGAGGAAGGGGAGAAGUUAGGGAGUCAUGCUAGUCUUCUCCAGUCAGCCCGUCGGUCAGUCAGAGUUUCAUAUUUUCUAUAAAAACAAACAGCCUUGCUGUUUUAGCGUGAUAGUGAAAUGCCUCACCUUAAAAAUAAAUCUGUAGAUUAUUUUAAAAAUAAGUAUAUUUUUAUAACAAAAAGAGUUUGCUUGAGAAGUCAUACUUAUUUACGUUUCAUCUGACAUUUAGGGAGAGGUAUGCAGUGUGUGUAAUGCAGGUUUUGUACACUACUUUGCUAUAUGGGUCAUGGUUGGUUAAGACAACAAGAUGGAUUUUGAGUCCCUCAUGAAAAUAUUCUUAGAGUCAAAAAGUGAAUGCGUUUUCAAUGUUUUGGUUGAGUUGUUGAAGUAUUCUUUCCAUCCUGAGAGUCCUUUGUUUUUAUCCAUAGGAUAGGUCAUGUUUAAAGAAAGAAGAAGUCUGUGCUUUGGAAUACGUUUUUUAAUUAUAUUUGAAGGUGUAAUUUCUGAGUAUGCAUAGCAAAUAGAUAUGUAUUCUAUAUAUGAUAUAGAUAUUUAUAUAAAUAUAUAUAUAAACACGAUUUUCACUUGGAAAGAAUUGUCUAUCUUUAUAGAAACACAAUCAUACUUAUCAGUUGCCCUUACUUUCUCACUGCACAUUAAAAAUGUUGAUCUCC